CCGAGCGGUGGCCGCGGAGCCAGCAGCGAGGAGCGCUCGCCGAGCGGCCGGUCGGUGGGGUCCCCGCGCCCCGCACGCCCGCACGCCCGGCCCGGCCCGGCGCGGCCCGCAGCUAGCAUGGGCGCGGCGGCCGUGCGCUGGCACUUGUGCGUGCUGCUCGCCCUGGGCGCGCGCGGGCGGCUGGCGGGGGGCAGCGGGCUCCCAGGAGCAGUGGAUGUGGAUGAGUGCUCAGAGGGCACGGACGACUGCCACAUCGAUGCCAUCUGCCAGAACACACCCAAGUCUUACAAAUGCCUCUGCAAGCCAGGCUACAAGGGGGAAGGCAGGCAAUGUGAAGACAUCGACGAGUGUGAGAAUGACUACUACAACGGGGGCUGUGUCCACGAAUGCAUCAAUAUCCCGGGGAACUACAGGUGCACCUGCUUUGAUGGCUUCAUGUUGGCACACGAUGGACACAACUGCUUAGAUGUGGAUGAGUGUCAGGACAACAAUGGUGGCUGCCAGCAGAUCUGCGUCAAUGCCAUGGGCAGCUACGAGUGUCAGUGCCACAGUGGCUUUUUUCUCAGUGACAACCAGCACACCUGCAUCCACCGCUCCAACGAGGGUAUGAACUGCAUGAACAAAGACCAUGGCUGUGCCCACAUCUGCCGAGAGACGCCCAAAGGUGGGGUGGCCUGCGACUGCAGGCCCGGCUUUGACCUUGCCCCAAACCAGAAGGACUGCACACUAACCUGUAACUAUGGAAACGGAGGCUGCCAGCACAGCUGUGAGGACACGGACACAGGCCCCAUGUGUGGCUGCCACCAGAAGUACGCCCUCCACUCGGACGGCCGGACAUGCAUUGAGAAGGAUGAGGCUGCAAUUGAGCGCUCUCAGUUCAAUGCCACGUCAGUAGCUGAUGUGGACAAGCGGGUGAAACGGCGGCUACUCAUGGAGACGUGUGCGGUAAAUAACGGAGGCUGCGACCGGACAUGCAAGGACACAGCCACGGGCGUGCGAUGCAGCUGCCCGGUUGGAUUCACACUGCAGCCUGAUGGGAAGACAUGCAAAGACAUCAACGAGUGCCUGGUCAACAACGGGGGCUGUGACCACUUCUGCCGCAACACCGUGGGCAGCUUCGAGUGCGGCUGCCGGAAGGGCUACAAGCUGCUGACUGACGAGCGGACGUGCCAAGACAUUGACGAGUGCUCCUUCGAGCGGACCUGCGACCACAUCUGUAUCAACUCUCCGGGCAGCUUCCAGUGCCUGUGUCACCGCGGCUACAUACUCUAUGGAACAACCCACUGCGGAGAUGUGGACGAGUGCAGCAUGAACAACGGGAGCUGCGACCAGGGCUGCGUCAACACCAAGGGCAGCUACGAAUGUGUCUGCCCCCCAGGGAGGCGGCUCCACUGGAACCAGAAGGAUUGUGUGGAGACAGGCAAGUGCUUUUCUCGAGCCAAGGCCUCACCCCAGGCCCAGCUGUCCUGCAGCAAGGUGGGCAGUGUGGAGAGCUGCUUCCUUUCCUGCCCGGCCCACACACUCUUCAUGCCAGACUCGGAAAACAGCUAUAGCCUGAGCUGCGGUGUCCCAAGUCUCCAGGGCAAGACGCUACAGAAACGCAACAGCACCAGCUCCGGCGCCGGGCCCAGCUGCUCAGGUGCCCCCGACACUCCCAUCAGGCAGAAGGCCCGCUUCAAGAUCCGAGAUGCCAAAUGCCACCUCCAGGCCCGCAGCCGGGAGCCAGCAAAGGAGGCCCUGAGGCAGCUGCUGCUGGAAAACUGCCACGUGACCUUUGUGACCCUCAAGUGUGACUCCUCCAAGAAGAGGCGCCGUGGCCGAAAGUCCCCAUCCAAGGAGGUGACUCACAUCACAGCAGAGUUUGAGGUUGAGACAAAGAUGGAAGAGGCUUCAGAGACCUGCCAAGCGGACUGCCUGCGGAAGCGAGCCGAGCAGAGCUUGCAGGCUGCCAUCAAGACUCUGCGGAAGUCCAUUAGCCGGCAGCAUUUCUCCGUCCAGCUCGCCGGCACUGAGUACGAGGUGGCCCAGCGGCCAAGCAAGGCCCUGGAGGGCCAGGGGGCAUGCGUCACAGGCCAGGUGCUACAGGAUGGCAAAUGCGUGGCCUGUGGGCCUGGGACCUACUUCAGCGGAGAGCCCAGCCAGUGUGUGCCAUGCACAGCAGGGACCUACCAGGAUGGGGACGGCCAGCUCAGCUGCACACCGUGCCCCAGCAAUGACGGGCUUGGCCUGGCUGGUGCCCGCAACGUAUCUGAAUGUGGAGGCCAGUGCUCUGCAGGCUUUUUCUCCACCGACGGCUUCAGGCCCUGCCAGGCCUGCCCCGUGGGCACAUACCAGCCGGAACCUGGGCGCACCGGCUGCUUCCCCUGCGGAGGGGGGUUGCUCACCAAGCACGAGGGCACUGCCUCCUUCGAAGACUGUGAGGCCAAAGUGCACUGCUCCCCGGGCCACCAUUACAACACCACCACCCACCGGUGCAUCCGCUGUCCCGUCGGCACCUACCAGCCCGAGUUUGGCCAGAACCACUGUAUCACCUGUCCAGGCAACACCAGCACGGACUUCGAUGGCUCCACCAACGUUACACACUGCAAGAACCAGCACUGCGGCGGCGAGCUUGGAGACUAUACGGGCUACAUCGAGUCCCCCAACUACCCUGGCGACUACCCCGCCAAUGCCGAGUGCGUGUGGCACAUCUCACCGCCCCCCAAGCGCAGGAUCCUCAUCGUGGUCCCCGAGAUCUUCCUGCCCAUUGAGGAUGAGUGUGGCGAUGUCCUGGUCAUGAGGAAGAGCGCCUCACCCACGUCCAUCACCACCUAUGAGACCUGCCAGACCUACGAGAGGCCCAUCGCCUUCACCUCCCGCUCCCGGAAGCUCUGGAUCCAGUUCAAAUCCAACGAAGGCAACAGCGGCAAAGGGUUCCAGGUGCCCUAUGUCACCUAUGACGAGGACUACCAGCAAUUAAUAGAAGAUAUCGUGCGCGAUGGGCGGCUCUAUGCCUCGGAGAACCACCAGGAAAUUUUGAAGGACAAGAAGUUGAUCAAGGCCCUCUUCGACGUGUUGGCCCACCCCCAAAACUACUUCAAGUACACAGCCCAGGAGUCCAAGGAGAUGUUCCCGCGGUCCUUCAUCAAACUGCUGCGGUCCAAAGUGUCCCGGUUCCUGCGGCCCUACAAAUAACGCUGGCGGAGCUGCGCUGCCGGGGUGGCGGUGUCCUGGGGAGGGCUGGGAGCUCCUGCCCUCCACAGUAGGAGCUGAAAGGCGGCUCCGCGCGCCUCCACGUUGCCUUGGGAAAUCACCACAGCGUCUGCCCUUCAGGAAACCCUGAGCAGCUCACGGAGGGCGAGACCAUGCCCAGGCAGAGACCCCGGUCCGGCUGCACUCCUCUGAUGUCCGCCCCACUGGGAAAACAUUGCUUAAGGCAGCCUUUCUCCCUCUCUCUCCCUUGGCCUGUUCAUUUCCAGGACACCAAGUGCCCUCUCCGGAGCCGGCACUGGUGGAUGCUGCCUGGGCCAGGAUGCUCCAUGUCACCACAAGGGUGGUCUGGGCAGAGUGCACAUUUGGAAAGUGCAUGCGACUCCACCUGAGGCUUCAGGAGAGAGGAGAGUGGCUGCCGCUGUCGCUGUCUCAGGGGAGGCUCUCGGAGGCAAGCCCAGCCAUGCAAGGAGAGUGUGUGAAGGAUGGUCUGGUGGGCUUGAUAAGCUGGUGCCGAUGGCUGCAGGGCGUCCACACCCGCCAACACCCCUGGCCACAGGCCCAGGACACUGGCACCGUGUCGUUGGGCUCUAAGGAUUCUGUGAUGGGGCAGAAGAGAGCUGCUAGGGGAGGAACCUGUAGAUUUGUGCUUUCCCUUGAUAGAGCAUCUAAUUAAGUACUAUAUAUAUAUAUAAAUAUAAAGAUAAAUAUAUAUAUACUUCUAUUUGUGGGUACUUUAGGGAAAUUCUCUCUAGUAACUGUAAAUGUUAAUUGCAGCCCCACCUCUUCUCCCACGAGCCAGUGUGAGCCCAGCUAUUGCCAGCUCCCUGACUGAUUAAACUACUCUCCAGACACUUGCUACCUCUGUUUACGUGAGGCCGCAAGCCCACAGGCCUGGGGAGAAGGCAGGCUGGCCCUGGACACACUUUGGAUGCAAAAUCUUUGGGAACUGGGCUCCAAUGCUUUGCUGGAGUGUUGCCCUCAGAUGGAACUUGAUGGAAGGCAGCUUCUCCUUGGACCCCUUCCUGGGAGUGCAGGGGCCAGUGGUAAACUUUGGAAAGGUCCUAUGUCUGACCUGGAGGCCAUGACCUUGGGGUCCAUGCUGUGCCUGCAUGCCACCAGCAGGCCAGGCCUUUCCCAUGCGAGCACAGGCUGUGUGACCACGAGGGGCCUCAGAGAGCAUCAGCCACUCCUUUAGUUGACCGGUGAGGAAACGGGCCCAGGGAGGGCUGGUGGCUGCUCCCAGGCAGAGGCGGCCAGCUGUCAGGAGGACUGGCUCCCAGUGCACUCUUCUUUCUGCUGCGCCAUGUUGCCUCCCUCUCAGUGUCUCUCUUUAAAAAAGAAAAGUCUGGAGUUUGACCAGGUUGCAUGGUGUUCCUCUCAUUCAGGAAGCCAGCGCCUGGGCUAGCUCUCGCGAAGACCUCUGACGUGCUGAGGUGUUGCCUGCCACCAGACCGCUGACUGCCAGCUGUAGCACAUGCGUAGGAAGUGAUCUGUGUUUUUAGGGUCAACAAAUAUUCAAAACUCCAAGGAACAUGGGAGAAUCUUAAGAUGAACUCCAAUCCCCCCUUCUAGGUGGCUGCCUCUAGGCGGUUUCCUCUCCUCACCCCAGACCCAGGCUGACCCAGUUGGAGAUGAGCACAGUUUGAGAAGCGCCUCUGGCACGUGGAGAUUGAGGGCAGACGAGACUCAGGGUUUGGUGACAAGGCAGGUCAUAACAAAUUUUACAAUCCAGAAAAGGGCAUGGAACUCAGGAAUCAUUCACAGCCAUUACCUGCAUCAGCACUGGCAAGUCCCCAGGCCGGCUGGUGCUGCCAUCUGCACCUCCUCUGCCAAAAUCCAACCCAAUUUGGAAGGGGCUGCAUGGUGGGUAGGUCAGUGUCAGCUGAUGAACCCUGUCAGGGCCACACUGCCCCUGCCCUGAUCACGGGCCUUGAAGGCCAGCCUAACUUUCCAGAAAGGGGCCUAUCUUCCCUUGUCAAGCCAUUGGUCAUCCCCAUAAAUUAGAUGAGCUCUCCAGAAUGAGCCCCAGCAACGGCUACCCAGGGGAGGGGCCAGGGAGGGUUUUUAAUUCCCUCAAAAUCCCCACAGAUGACCAGAAAGAGCCCUCACCUCUCCUGAACUCUUCCUGCUGCUCCUUUGAGUAGCUUCUGGCAGUUGCCACCCACAUACCCAGUAAUCCACUGUUUCAGUGGGAGUCAACCCACGUUCUGCAGCUCUCACCACCACUGUGGUCAGACCCUGCCCAGUGUCCCUUGGGCAGAGCAGGACAAGGGCGGACUCAGAUGUGUGGCCCCUUGCCCUUCAAGUGUACCAGGUAGCCUGCAGCCCAAAUUCACCAGCUGCCCACGCAGUCACCAUCCAGCCCUCCUUCCCCAGUAAAACCACCUCCCACACCAGCAGGGGGACUCCAAGUGCAGGGGUGCAGUCUGUCACCAAUUUCCAUGUCAGCUUCCAGCCCCACAGUGGGGAGCUUGGGGGUCCCACCUGUUAAUCCCAGAGCUGUUCCUAUUCCUCGGGGCCUGUGGUCCUGGGAGAUCUACCCAGCGACAAAGCACAUUUCUCCAUGUUUCCAUGUUGUGGAAGCUGAUGGUAAAUUGGCUGACACGAGGGGGCCUUUUCACCUGGUUCCAGGUGGAGGUGGAGAGAAAGGGAAUGCUGACAAGCACUGGGCCCAGGUAGGGUGGAUCCCCAAGAUGAAUCCCGAAGAGGAUGGAAGCUGAGGACAGUGGUGCAGGAGUCCUGUGCUGCCCAAGGGACAAGCAAGACAGAGAGAGACUGAGCCAAAAGGAGCAUGUCACACCCCUGGACCAGACACUGGCCGUGAGCUGCCAUAGACCCACCCUGACCUUGGCCCACAUGGACCCUCGGUGGCUGGCCAGUCAAUAAACUCCAAGGAAAGGAGCAAAGUAAUAAGCUUCUGGAGGCAAAAGCCUGUCCCAUUGGCCAGGACUAAAAGCAGGUGCCAAGGCCUGGAGGUUCUGAUGAGCUCGGUUCUGCUUCUAGUGGAGCGUGGCACUGGGGCAACUGAGAAGCUCUGAAGACGGCAGUGGAGGACCGCGGUGCCCCCGCACCGAUCGCCGGGGCACCCAGAAGUGGUGGGCCUGGAAGGAGCCCAUCUGCGUGCGUCCCUGGCAUCUCCUGGCAUUCGCUGCUUCCAUGGAAACAUGCCAAGGAAAGGGAAAGACUCUGCCUUGAGGUUUAGUGGCCAGCCACGCCCUCAGUGAGUGCGUGUUGAGGUGGCCUCCUCUGCUUCCCCAAACAGGCUUGUUUUCCCCACAUUCCUCUCCUGCCUGAGCCAGAGCCUUGCAGCCAUAGCCCUGUGCUGGCCUCUCUCGUUGCCCGGGGCUCUCCGUCUAAUCUCACAAACAGUGGACUCAGCCUCUGCACCCUCACCCCCCAGCUCGCAUCUGCCAGUGACCUCCUUCCUCCCAGAUCUGGCUCCCCAGGGGGUGGCCUUCCCCAGCUCCCCCCACCUCUGUGGUCACAGACUCAAGGAGGCAUGGGGCCCGCAGUGGCGGCCUCGGGAAGCGUUCCUUCCUGCUCUCUGGUAGUGGGGGACACACAGAGAAAGCAGAACUAAAACCUGGGCCAAAAAGUACCCAGAAAGCAACGGCCCCAGAGGCCGGCUUUGAAAGAGAGAGCCUCUUUCCCCAACCUCUUAAAACCCCUGUCCUGCCUGAACCCUCAUUCUCCCAGACACACAGCCAGGUCACCCAUUUUCCACGACAAGAGACCCCCGGCCUGCAGGAGCUGUAGUGGGUGCCUACGUGACAUCCUGGGACUUGAGUAAUUAUUCUAGCACCUCCACCCACCCCCAGCAGCAAAGUAGGAUACUAAACUAACUUAGGUCAUUUAGCAGGCAUUUGCUGAGCACCUACUGUGUGCUCGCCUCCUAGAAAGGCAGAGACCACAGCCAGGGGCUCUGGGGAUCACCUGGAAGACCCUCUUGUCACAGAGAUAAAGGUGAUCAGGCUGUCCUGGGGGUGAGCAGAGCCCAACACUCUCAUCAGGAGAAGGCAGUCCUUCCCUCCAGCGCCUCCUGGGACCCUGAGUGGGGAGGGAGGGCGUCUGCAGAGGGGGCAGAGCAGAGCCAGGGUCACCGACCUCCAUUUCGAUGUCCGGAAGGAGAAGCUGCAGCCAGCCCAGCGUCACAAUGCGGCCGCCCUUCUCCACCAGCAGAGAGAGAUGCACAGAGGCCAAGACUGCCGAACUUGGGACCCUCGCCAGCAGGCCCAGGACAGCGGUCUCUGCCCCAUGCAUUGCCCACUGCCUGCACCUGGCACAGCCGGUGCUCCAGAAAGGAGGUUCCUUCCUUGUCACCCAGGGACCCCAGCUGUUUUUACCUCCUUUACUCCAUACUUGGAAGUUUAGUCAACCUAGUAAACUGCAUCUUAUAUCAAGGACCCUUUUCUUCACCAAAGAUACCCAUGGUGGCAGCUCAGCCCUUCUGACCAGAUGACAGCACCAAGCUGACAUCAUUCAGGCCAAAGGCAGAUGAACUUGAUGGUUGAGACACACUGUCUGUCCCACACAUGAAGAUAGAGCAGAUAGCUCCUAUUCUCCUUCAACUGCCUCUGCCCCUGCAGCACCUACAGAUCGACAGCCCCUCUAGGAGUAAGUCCUGAGCACCUACUGUGUGCCAGGCACAGGGCUGGCAUGGAGCUGGAGUCUGCUUUAUCCAGCCUGCCUUUCUUCUUGGAGAGGGCACCAGGAGGGGGUGAGUCCUCCCCGGGCACAGACGACUCAGGCACAGCCACACGCUCCCUCCCAGCACCCUGCAAGAUGGCCCCCAAAGAACAGGACCCUUUGUUUCCCUAAGGCCUCCCCAGCCCCGGGAUGACCCUCUAAAGUGAGGCUCUGAAAUUCCAGCUCUCAGCAGGAAGCAAUGAAGGGCCAUCGUCCGCCUGCUUGCCAGGCGCAGGGCUCAACCUUUAACGUAUGCACAAACCAUCCUCCAGGCCCUGUGAGGUGGGUGGGGCUAAACUUGUUCUUCACUUGUGGAGACUGAGGCUCUGGGAGGCCAAGUGACAUGCCCAAGGCAAAUAGUAAUUCAUGGAAUUGAGAGUCAAACCCAAAGCCAUCUAAUCCCAAAGUAGGAAAUGUCUCUGUGAAAUGUUCGUAACUGAAUCUUACAGACUGGGAAACUCGGAGAUCAGCUCAGGCAGUGGAGCUUCGGGGGCGGGCAGAUGAAGGCCAGAGAGAGGGGAGGACUAGGAGGGUUGUGGGUGGCGGGGCUUCGUGACGUUCCCUCCCUCCAGAACAAGCACUGAAAACUCAUUCAGAGAAAGGGUUUCUGCCUCCUCCCUGGGUGGACAGGUCUCUUCCAUUCAACUCGGAGCCCACGCAGUAGGCUAGUCCGGCUCCCCACUCACGCUGAGUGGUUCCCACCGCUUUCAGCCGAGGCCCUGUGCAACCCUGGAUACAUGCUGGGGCCUAUCCCCCAUUUGCCCCUAUUUCAGCCUCGAGCACACGCACAUCAGAGUUGUGGGUGUCCCUCAGCAGACAGUGCGGUGGGAAGUAGGGCGAGAAAGAGAAAGCUGACAGAUGCCAAGUAUUUUGUUUUUCAGUCCAGGAGCCACACAGAUCUGUGGAGAAACAUCGUAUCCCUCUGAGAUCAGAACCUUAAACAGUCUGAGCAGACCCCGUCCAUAUUGUUCUUGGAACAGGGUAUCUGCAGACCACUGGUGGGGGGUGAUGGCAGUGAGGGACCAGAGAGCUGAGCCCUUGUGCCUGCGCCUUCAUUCUGGGUGCCCGUGAAGGCACCGGACUGUCCAGGCGCUUUGGCCAUCACUCUGCCCACAAGAGUGACAGAUAUCAGUGUAACCAUGUUUUUCUUUUAGUUGCCUCGAAUAUUCAAAGUCUUGUUUUCUCCAUCGUGUUCAUACAUAUGCAUGUAAUUAAACAUUUGUGAAAAUCACUUUAAUAAUAAACAGGAAAUGAACUUAAA